AUGAACAGAUCAAAAAAGAGAAGGUCAGCUCUGACCAAUCUAAUAGAAUUCUCAGAGAUAGAGCCGAUCGAAGGAUUCUCUUUUAUGUUUUUGUUCUUGCUAUUCUCCUUUCUGUUCACCGGUAUGCUCACCAGUUACGUCUCAUACCAACAUUACAUCCAAAAGGAGAACAACCUCAUCGAACUCGAUAUGGAUCGUGCUUGUAAACAGAUUAUUCACAACGUUGAAGUUUCAUCUCUAUCUUUAUUCUAUGCCGUUGAAUCAUUAAAAGGAUUAUAUUAUUCAUUACCUGAAUUCAAUGAUUCAGAUUUCACAAAAUACUUUUCAACUAUAUCGACAUUCCAGUCAAACUACAACGGAAUCAAAAACACCUAUUGGAUACCAAAGGUUUCGCAUCAAGACAGAGCACAUUUCGAGCGAACUCAAGCAACCGAAAUCAAAGAAUGGGAUUACAACCUAAACGAGAUGGUAAAGUCAUCUGAUAAAGAUUACUAUUAUCCAAUUCAAUUUUAUUAUCCACCAAUUUCAAAUAAAACACAAUUCAUUGGAUUAGAUGUAAAGUCAUCAAACUAUUUUAAAUCGAUAGGCUAUUCAAUAGAGCAGAAUGAAAUGACUUUAGAUUUCAACGAUCCUAUCAUCUGUAAGCAUUUAAACCAGAGUAUGGCAUUCAUGGUGACAAGUCCGAUCUAUAAAUCGAUAAUUCCACCCUCGACUCCACUUGAACGUGUACGAGACAAUGUUGGUGUAUCGCUAGGUAUCUUUGAACCCGACGAAAUGUUUGCAUCCGCUCGUAUGAACGUAGACGAUGGUAAAUGGUUCACAAUAUUCAUGGCGGUCGAAGAUGGUUCCAUCUUUUAUCAACAAGAUGACUUUGACUAUAAUUAUAUAGAUGAUGUUUAUUAUUCUGAAUUAUUUGAUAAAGAGUUUAAAAUGGUUGCAUUCUCAAAUCAGAUGUUUGAGAACGAAAAGCGAACCUCUUCACCGAUGCUUGUUGCAUUUACCUUAACUUUUUUGAAUAUAUUUAUAUUUUUGUACAUAUUGGAGCAGAAGCGAAGAAAGAACAACAACGAGAGAAUCAUCAAAGAGCGAUCGCAGCUGUUGAACAAAAUUCUACCGCAGGAAGUCUCUCUGAAGCUAGAGUCUGGCGAGGAUGUCGUUGCGGAGCGAUCGAACAACGCCUGUGUAUUCUUCUUGGAUAUCGCCGGUUUCACUCGAUUCUCAUCGAUUCACACACCCGAGCAAAUCAUUCAGGUACUAAAGAAGAUUUUCAACUUGAUCGACGAACGCUGUGUAAAGUAUGGCGUCGAGAAGAUCAAGACGAUUGGUGAUGCCUAUAUGGCGGCAACAGGACUAUCGCCAAAGUCAUCGACCAGCAGCAAUCUCAAGCGAAACACCGAAAUAAUGCUUGAGUUUAGUUUGGACAUUCUGGAGACUAUCCAGCGAGAGUUGUCUAGCCAUCUCGGUUUGAAGGUUAGAAUCGGCAUUCACUGUGGACCGGUUAUUUCCGGUGUUAUCUCUGGCUGCUCGAAGCCACAUUUCGAUGUCUGGGGCGAUACCGUCAAUGUAGCAAGUCGCAUGGAAUCCACCGGAAUACCGUGUCAUGUUCACGUAUCGGAUCGUGUCUACCAACUCACCCAAGACAAGUUUGAAUUCUGUGAGCAACCGGACAUUGUUCAUGUCAAGGGUAAAGGUAAAAUGAAGACUUGGUUCCUCUUGCACAAAAAAGACUGUGCCAACGCCUCUGCCAAGAAAGAGUUUCUCCGACUCAGACAAUCGAUCGACUCUGCCGGAUCGCCACACUACCAUGACUGGGAUCCCAAAUUUCCGCGAGGAAUAGAAUAUCUCAACAUUGACCAAACAUUUGCAUCACCAAAGAAAUCACAUUUCCAAAGUUUGAAAUCGAUAAACAAUAAUAAUAAUAAUAAUGAUAAUACUUCACCAAAUAAUAACAAUAACAAUAACAAUAAUAAUAAUAAUAAUAUGUCAAUAGCAGCAACAACUAGUGAUAAUAAUGUAAAUAAUAAUUUUAGAAAACAUAGUAACUUUUAUAUUUGUAAUGAUAACAAUAAUACAGAUAAUGAAAAUAACAAUAAUAAUGAAGAUAAUAAUGAAGAAAGUGAUGAUGAUGAAGAGUGUAAACCUUCAACAUCUACUAGUUUAACAUCAUUCACAACACAACCUUGUAUAAAAAUAAUUAAAACACCACCUAUAAAUAAUAUUAAACCUAGUAGUGCCGAUCCACAACCUAAACCUCUAGAACAACAACUACCUCAACAACAGCAACAACAACAACAACAACAAAAGUUAGAUAUUAGAAAGGCACAUGAUAAACUUCAAACUUCACCAACACUAACCGAUUCAAUGCCAGUGCCAGACGACCUCAGUAGUGCUUUUAGUAAUAAUAAUCACAAUGGAAAUAAUUUAAAUAAUCAUUUCGAAAUGCAACAACCAAAAAUAAUACAAAACAAUCAUAUCAGUUAUAAUACAUUCAUUUCACCUAUAACCUCAAAGAUACUCCAAGUCAUUGAAGAACAAAGAAAGAAGGAACCGACUGCUGUACCACCACCACCUGCACCACAAGUAUUUGUAAAUCAACCAUCUGUUAAAGAUAACCAAGAAGAAGAUGAAAAUAAAGUUAACAAUAAUAGUAACAGAAACAACAGUAAACCAAAAGAGAAACAUAUCAAUAGGAUACAGGAAUAUAAUAAUAACAACAAACAAAUGGAUCCAAUUUCCUAUAUUAAAUCGAUCAGUCCAAAAACUAGAGCUGAAUCAUCGAUGUUGGAUGAUCAUGAUUUCUUAAUGAAUCCAUUUAAAACUAAUAGUGAAAUAUCAUUAAUACCCGAUCCUUCAAAGAAAUAA